AUGUAUGUCAUGUUUCCCAUUGGCAUCAUGUAUUACUUUGGUACAAACCUCGACGAGCGCUUCGCCGUGCCCGACUUCUGGCCAAAGCCUGAGCAGGCCAACAAGGUGCCUCUUGACAAGGACGAAAUCCACGCCGAGCUACAACGUCUGCGCGCAAGGAGAUUGUAUCUGAGAGACAGGAGGCUGGAGGAGGAGGCAAAGAGGCCCAUGCCCCCGGCCCCGCCUGCUCCCGCCGACCAGAGUGAGGCUGAGAACAACAGGUAA